AUGUCGUCCAAGUCCUUCAAGUCCACCACCACCCUCGACAACGCCUCAACCCGCACAACGUCCUCAACAGCCUCGACUCUUAAGGGCAUGUUCACCAAGUCAUGGAAGCUGAAGGCUCCCGAGAAGGCGCCUUCAUCUCCGAAGCCUUCAAGCAAGAAGGCCCCAGCUAAGGACUAUACCGGUGAGGCUGUGCACCACGAGGCUGUUGCUCAGUAUCUGGCCCUUCGGUGA